AGACUCAAAUUUCUUGAUGCAAUAAAUUUACUAAAACAUAAAAAAUGUUUGAUAAGCGAACCUUUAAACAGCACCAGGUUACGCUUUUUUCUUCACACACACCAUAAUGCCUGACUUUUGAAAGGAUCUGAGACAGGGUAGUAUUAAGAAUACAGUAUUUUAAAGAUUAGUUUCAGUCCUCUACAAUGCCCUCAUGAUGGAUCGACUUCCAAAGAGGCCUUCAUCCCACUUAACCAACUGUCUGGCUUCUCGGAACUCCAGUAGGUUCAUUUUUUGAAAAUGUGAGAUAACAAACUACCACGUUCUUACAGUUCAGAGGAUUACCUGAGCUCACAGAUGUAGUUCUGCAGGGACAAGCAGAUGGGAUGCAAACGUGAGCCACAAUUCGUAUUUGCAAGCAACUGGGUCCCUGAUACAGAGAUGGGGUUACAAAAACGUGGGGUAAAAUGUCCACCCUGGGAUGUCACUCCUUUAGGCCGGGCCCUAAAUUUCUAUGGCACCUGGAGGGGCGGGCUCCGAACACUCGGGGACGCCUCGACACCCAGAUGUGGCACAAAGGCGCCCUGAGGCUCUUUGCUCACUCAGGCCUCGAAAUUUUUAGCAGCCCUCCUAAACCAUGGGAGCGUUUUCUUCCAGGUCUCUCCGCAGACCUCGCCUAGCCUCUCCUCCCACAGCCUCGCCCACAGAAGCGUUUCCGUAGCCACAAUCACUCCACGUUCUUCCUCACGCACCGCUCGCGCGGAGGUGGGGAAAAGGGUGUGGUUUGGCCUUUAUAGGUCCUGCCAGCCAAUGAACGUGCUACCUUUCUUCCGGUAGGCGAGCCGACCAAUCCGAGCCAGCCGGUGUGAUCUUCGGCUCUACUCGGCUCUUUUCGCUGAUGCGGGCAGCUUGGGGCCGCCGCCGCUGGAGAGACGCUUUCCUUUUUGAUUUUUUUCCGUGUGUUCACUUCCGGGUCCGGCGCCGAUCCGGAUGCCCGAGGCAGAAGGAUGUUUGACCUCCGGAUAAGCGAGGCGCCGCUGUGCAUUCAUUCCCGUCUGCAUCGGUGGCGACAGCAGCUGCCCGGGCGGCGACUCUCUGGCCAGAGGCGGCGGUAGGAGACACCGGCUGGAGUGCUGCGACCGAGUCCGCGCCGAGCUGCGUUACCUCCCUCGCUCGUUCCUUCCCCCCUACCUCGCUCGCUCCCUCCCUGCGCGGCUCGCUUUCCACCUCCGGCCGCCCGCGGGUGUGAUGUGCGGCGGCCGCUGCCCCCGCCGCCGCUGACUGACGGACCGGGGGCGCCGCCCGCGCCCGGGAGCGACCCCGCUGCUCGUGGCCGCGCCUCUGAGGUUGUUUUUUGAAGAGUGAUUGAGAAAUAAAAUCCUGGACAUUGAGAAUGAGAAUAUCCAAAAAGCUCUCUGUCAAUACCAGCUCACAUCAUUGAAAAGAUAAUUUUGAAGACAUGUUUUGUUGAAAAGACAACUGAGAAAGAUUUUACGAAUGGGAUGAACACGCACCAGUUAAUUGACUACCUACCGCAAUUUGAAUGUUAACAUUACCCAGCUGGUACAGUUGAUCUAGUGAUGUACCUAUUCUCACAAUACCCUAUUUCAGUGUGCUUGUCUUGAUUAAAGAAUUCAAAGUGGAGUACCGCAAACUUGAUAUGGAUAAUAAAAAGAAAGACAAGGACAAAUCAGAUGAUAGAAUGGCACGACCUAGUGGUCGGUCGGGACACAACACUCGAGGAACUGGGUCUUCAUCCUCUGGAGUUUUAAUGGUUGGACCUAACUUUAGAGUUGGAAAAAAAAUUGGAUGUGGCAAUUUUGGAGAAUUACGAUUAGGGAAAAAUUUAUACACAAAUGAAUAUGUGGCAAUUAAACUGGAGCCCAUGAAAUCCAGAGCACCACAGCUACAUUUGGAAUACAGAUUCUACAAGCAGUUGGGAUCUGGAGAUGGUAUACCUCAAGUUUACUAUUUUGGCCCUUGUGGUAAAUACAAUGCUAUGGUGCUGGAACUGCUGGGGCCUAGUUUGGAAGACUUGUUUGACUUGUGUGACAGAACGUUUUCUCUGAAAACUGUUCUCAUGAUAGCUAUCCAGCUGAUUUCUCGCAUGGAAUAUGUUCAUUCAAAGAACUUGAUAUACAGAGAUGUAAAACCUGAGAACUUCUUAAUAGGACGACCAGGAACUAAAACCCAGCAAGUUAUUCACAUUAUAGAUUUUGGUUUGGCAAAGGAAUAUAUUGAUCCAGAGACAAAGAAACACAUACCAUACAGAGAACACAAGAGCCUUACAGGAACAGCUAGAUACAUGAGCAUAAACACACAUUUAGGAAAAGAACAAAGUAGAAGAGAUGACUUAGAAGCUUUAGGUCAUAUGUUCAUGUAUUUUCUGAGAGGCAGUCUUCCUUGGCAAGGUUUGAAGGCUGACACAUUAAAAGAGAGGUAUCAGAAAAUUGGAGAUACAAAACGAGCCACACCAAUAGAAGUUUUAUGUGAAAAUUUUCCGGAAGAAAUGGCAACGUAUCUUCGUUAUGUAAGAAGGCUAGAUUUUUUUGAAAAACCAGACUAUGACUAUCUAAGAAAGCUUUUUACUGAUUUGUUUGACCGAAAAGGAUAUAUGUUUGAUUAUGAAUAUGACUGGAUUGGUAAACAAUUGCCUACUCCAGUGGGCGCAGUUCAGCAAGAUCCUGCUCUGUCAUCCAACAGAGAAGCGCACCAACACAGAGAUAAGAUGCAACAAUCCAAAAACCAGUCGGCAGACCACAGGGCAGCUUGGGACUCUCAGCAGGCAAAUCCCCACCAUUUGAGAGCUCACCUUGCAGCAGACAGACAUGGUGGCUCGGUACAGGUUGUUAGUUCUACAAAUGGAGAGUUGAACACAGAUGACCCUACUGCAGGCCGUUCAAACGCACCCAUUACAGCCCCUACAGAAGUAGAAGUGAUGGAUGAAACCAACUGCCAGAAAGUGUUGAACAUGUGGUGCUGCUGUUUUUUCAAACGAAGGAAAAGGAAAACCAUACAGCGUCACAAAUGACUGUGGACACAGACAGACCAUGGGGAGUUACUUACGUGUUCAUCUGCUGUCUUGUGAUUAAAAUCAUCUCUGUAGUGACCACGUGUAUUUUCAAGGACUCACUCUUAGAAUCAGAAAAUGCCAUAUGCUUCAUACUUCAUUUUGUGGUUGUCUUACAUUCAUAUUUUUUUCUAAUUUAACUUUUAUGGAAGCUUUAAAGUUUUGUCAAAACACGAGUGCUUUGCCCAUCAAUGAAUGGAAUGGACCAAUGAGGUGGCCCUGAUGAAUACAUUUCUAUAGAACAUUUUUCAGAAGCUCUCCUCCUGUUGUAGAAAACAGUACAGUAUCUUAAACAUCAACCAGUUAUAUACCUGAUCUGGUUCUUUGUAACUUCUGUAAGAGCAUAAUCAAACAGGAAUUUACUCCCCAGCGGAUAAUGCAACAGAGAAAACUGAGUUGCCCAUAUGUUUAAAAGAAGUUAUUCCUUGAGAAGUUCAUGUUUUGUGCGACACCUGCAUUGAUUUCAGUAUUACCGAUGGUACUACUAUUCAUGAGUCAUGUUAACAUUCUCUCUGUGAAAUCAUUGGUACAGUCACUGCCCAGAGGUACUGAGGAAAAAGCUCUAUGGGUUCGGCAGAUGGUUGUGGUCAAACGGAUCACACCUAGAGUGGUAAAUAUGAGCUCUGCUUCUUGUUGCACCCUGUAUGAGUACAGUGUUGCUGAAGUGGCAAAAGCGCUUUUUUAGAAAAUGCAAAAUAUUUGUAUAAUGUAACUUUAUGCUUCCAGACAAUACUGUAUGUUAGACAACAAGAAAUGAAUACUUUGAGAAAUGAGAUAUGUUGGAGUUUUUUUUUUUAAUACACUAAGGAGAAGAAAUAAAUGUGAAUGGCAUUGUAAUGUAUAAGGUUGAAGUCAAAGGAGACCCCAUUGAAACCUACUGCUGAAUGAUUACAUUCUCCUGUAAGAAAACUUUGGAUGUGCCCUGCAAUGGUGUGUGUGUAUUAAUUAUUUGCUCUUUGAUAAAAAAGACCCCCAGCAAUCAAAACUGGGACACUCUGUUGCAAUUUGUGCAAUUAGUUUCUUAUAUUCAACUUUGCUGGUUCUCUGGAAUUUUCCUACUUUUUAGCCUGAUUUUGAGGAAAACUGUUUUGGAGAGGAUGGGUCAGGUGCUUUGCCUCCAUAGUCUUUUUGAAGUGCCUGCAUAUGAACAAAGUAACAGUUCUGUAAAAAAGGAAGCCCAUUCCACUUUUCGGGUAUGCUUUGUUUUAAGCCAUGAAGGCAUAGGUGUACUUUUGUCACAUUUUACUAGCCAGGAUUUUCAAGAUUAAAAUUAAAAGACUGGCUAGAAAGAUAAUUAUGUUGUUCAAGUCUCAUAUUCCCCUUUCAUUUAUAAAAUUGUUACUCACCCCUUCCAUGCAACCCUUCCCUUUGUCUUUAAGCGCAUGCCUCCAGGCAUGCUUAUUUAUUUUUAUUGUCUCAAGGUAGCAUUUAAAAUGUGUAAUUAAAGUAAAUAAAUCUACAUUUUUGACUUGGUUAUUGCAUUUACAGGGAUUUAAUUGUACUUUGUAAUUUAUUUUUUCUUAUUAGCCAAAAGUUCAAUGUUUUGUUUUUGAUGAAUUAGGCACCUAUUUGCGUACUGCGGAUCAGGACAUUGUUUAUCAUUGUUGCUCAGAAUCCUCUGAAUGAUCUUUCUAAGUUCUUGAUUUUAAAGACCUACACUCAGCCUAGAAAACAUUUGCUGUCUAAUUUGGUCAACAGUUUCCAUUCUAUCUAUUUGUAUACUGUCAUGAUGUCUUAAACCACAGGAGUUACAUACUGUUCUUAUUUCUGUUUGUUUUGAGCAAGGUAGAUGGAUGUUUUGGCCAUUAUAAUGUGAAACCACUUCUUUACAGUAUUUGACCAAAUUUGUGUGUCUGUGAUAUUUGUAAAUACAUGCGAUAAUCUGUAUUUCUUACCAUAAGCCUAUUUAGUUUUAUUCUCAGUAGGGUUUUUGGACUGUACAGUGUUUAUAUGAUCUGAACUCCUUAUACAUAAGAAGGUGUGUAUAUUAAUCCAAUUAUGGACUUAAAAUAUUUUAAAAGUAUAAAUACCCUUAUUUGCUGCAAAGACCAGUGUGUAAACAUUUGCUUUUUAGCAAUAUUUUUAAGUGCUCCAUUUUAAUGCCAAGGAAUAAGUCUUGGCAACACAAACUGGUCAAUAAUAGGUAAUGCAGGUAUGUUCAGGUUAAGCCAACAAUGUUUUGCAUUUUUAUGCUUUUUUUCUGUCAACACUAAUGAAGUCAACAUUGCCUGAAUGUCUGAAUAAUGAAACACAUCCUGUUUAAAAGUAUGUAACUGAAAAAGAAAUAAAAAAUAAAGGUAGUUUUUUUAAACUU